CCUGACUGUGUUUAGACUCAAACAGAUGAUAGAGGCACAAGAGGGUUUUACUGUUGGAGAGCAAGAAGUUUUCUUUCAUGGAAAUCCGGUAAAUAUCCGACUUUGAGGUAUUUUCUAGAAACUGACUGAUGAUGUGGAAUUCUUUCAUACUCUCCGCGCGAGACAACAUGGAACACGCGUGCAUUGAUCUCUAGUCACGCUGUCGGCAUUAGUGCACGCUUUAGCGAUUUUUGCUUCAAUUCCUCAUUCUAGGAUCAAGUGUACUUUCUAAUCUAUCGGAACUUGUAAGCUGCUAAAUGAAUUUCUGUUGAAAGCGUUGUGUCAAUUUCAUUACUUUCCAUUGUCGGUUUCGGCCACAAAGAAGUUGAUUUGAAACUAUUGAGAAGCCUAGGAUUUUGCGGUCAAAGCGAUAGCGGCGAAAUUCCCUGCAACGCAGUCGUUUUUUGGAACAGCUGAGAUCUGACAAAAAUGUUGCAAUGCUCUUGUACACAUGACGAUUUUGCCAGCUAAAUAUUAAAACGUGACUGAGCAGUGCUUUGUGCAUUUCGGUAUUGUGUGAGGAAUAAUUUUCACCACCCAGGGCCACAUCUAUUUUCUGCUUUCUUGAUCAAUAUUCGUUGAUGUUUUAUCACCAGCUGCAAGAUAAUCUUACACUGGGGCAGCAGAAUGUACAAGAAGAUGCCCAAGUUGAUAUUCGGGUGAAUUUUCAAGGUAAAUGUAUCUUUGUGUUCAUUUUUAAUUGUGCUCCACCUAAUGGUCAGGAAGUCAUCUUUCCUAACGUGAUCUUCAUGUCAUGAAUAAUACCAAAGAUUAGUAAACACGAGGCAGAAACGAGGUUGUCAAUUUCUUCCGUUGUUACUUUUAUUGUAAUGAAAGUGAUUUUAAAAUAAAUCAUCGUUUGUCGAUAGAGAAUGUUCCCCGUAAUUAAAUCUUUUCGAAAGUAAAUGUUAUUUGCGUGGGUAUUUUGCAAAUGACGCUUUUUGGGUCUUAGUCACUUCAAAGAACUUUUGUUCUCGCUUCAAGAAAAUUUAUUCCAAGACGCCCACAAAAAUUUGUGUCAUUUGCGGUUUUUGACGAUUUCACAUCAGCGAUUUGUGACCUGUAAUAAUUUUUAUUUUUUAUUUAUUCUGUAAAAGAAAACCUUUACCCCGUCUUUUUAGUCUGUUGUAGAUUGCUAAAUUUUAUUUUGACAAAUGUUGUCGACGGCCUCGUGUAGCUUGCGUCGGAAAAUACUUCGGUAAUAACAUUUGUGAAAGGAACAAUAGAAUGGCAUAUAAAUUCCCAAUGUUCUUUCUUGAGGUCGAUUUUAAUGUUAGAGAAAUAUCUUUUUUGUACCGUGUGAUGUUUCGUCGUGAGAACAAAUUAAUCUUGUGUGGGUAGUCUGUUCUAAAAUUUCCAUUUUAAUUGCUAUUGUUUCUUUUAACUAAAUAAUAAAUGAAAAAAUACAGGUCCAGAAAGGUCGAUUUUUACUUUCGAUUGUUUUUAACUCGCGUUUGAAAGGUUGCAAUGUUUCUGAGAUACAAGCACCUUUUUAGCUUCCUCUAAAAGUGCUUGGUUUUACUGUAUGAGUUCGUAGUUGGUGGUUUUCAACUCCAACAAACCCAGGAUUUUUGUCAUGUUCUUGUACAAGUAGACUGAAAGUAUGGUGUUAAAUUUUACCAGCUGAAGUGCAUUAUGGAGUGAGAGCAAUAGAUCAAAAAACUGUGUUGUGAUAAUAUUCUCCUUAGAAUGACAAUAGCUGCAAUAUUUCAUUACCAAGUGGGUGGCAUGUCUUGAACUCUAAGAUACAAUGCCUCCAUCUAUCAUUAGAAGUUAACAUUAAGAGUCCGAUUUAUUGCGAUGCCUACAACAAUAGUCAAGAUUGACUUUUAUGGGAACAUUUGGGUUAUAUUUACUUGCAGCUUUUACCAAAUUGUGUUAAACGAAAAUGGAACGAGAGACAAGCCUGUAUUACUCUAUCUUGCUUUCUCUGUCUGUACUUUUAAGGGUUAUAACUCUAGAAAUUUACUUGCUAAUAAUAUAAAUCUAAGUUACUUAAUAUAAACAUAGAAAAGUCACUUAUCAGAGCACUAGAGUAAAUUUAGCUUGUGCUUACAAUUCAGCCGUCACCAAUGACGUAAAGAGCAACCUGUUUUAACAUCAAUCAAUAUUAGUUAAGUGUGUAUAUAGGAUAGAAGAUUAAUGACGUGAAAAAUCAAGACUACUAUCAAUACAGGUUCCGUUCUUAGAAACUUGUUCCUCUUCACAAAUUCUUAAGGACCCUCUUUUGUUCUAUAAAAGUGCUAUGUACCAUGUAAACCAAUGGCUGAUGAAAGUGACCUCUGAUCAUUUACAAAAAUAUGUAGGCUACAGAUAUAAAGGAACCUAGAAAUUUUUUAACCACAAGAUUAAUACACUGUAAGUAAUUAACUUAGUAUUAUGAAGAGGGCAAAGACCACAACUGGUCCUCUUAUGUUGGGGUUUUCAAAGCAGGAUUAUAUUAACCCAGGAUUAGCACCCAAAUUCAAUUCAAAUCUGUACAUUAUGACGCAAAUUCCUGUAAAUUCUUAUUGCCUACAAUUUGGCACUUGUGGAUGCUCUAAAAUGACCAGUUAACACUGACGAGGAAAAUGCUUUCAAACUAAUAAAAGAAAAGACACUGACAUGGAAAAUGCUUUUGAACAACAGCAACAACAAAAGAUCUUGAAUUCAUUUAACCCCAGAUGAGCAAUAAUCAGCAAUCGAAUAAUCUGGCCCAGUCGGCUAAGUAGAGCGUCUGUGUGUGUGAGAACCAUGCACUAUAGCAUUAAAUAAGACGUUUCUUUUUAGUAAUUAAUAAAUCUAGUGUCUGAGAAUAAUUUAUUGCUUUAUUGACACUUGGUACAUCUACACCUUAAAUUUACUAGAGCAAAAUUGUCUCUAUCAGGUUCAGUGGUAUCUUAAAACUUUUCCCACACACUGUCAUUUAAUUUUUAAUUGUUUAAGAACCAAUUGAUAUUGCAGCCAUUUCUUUCCAUGUAGAAGCUCAUAUGAAGAAUAUAUUUAAGUGAAAGCCCUUAUCAUUACAUCUUUUGUCCUUCUCAUAAAUUCAAAACAGAAUUUAGUCAAGUGAAAGUGAUCUCAAUGGUACUUACAAAAAGAAAAGUGUUAUUUGUAAAGAAGAGCUAUUGCCUUAAGAAUUACUGUGUAAACUGUCAACAGUUCUAUUUUAUCAGUGGUGAAUGUUUUUAGCCCCCCACCCCCUCCCCGAUGGUUCACCCAGGCAUACCCCAGCUAAUAGUUUCAUGCACAGGGUUCUCAUCAAGUUUUCAAGUAGACAGCUAAGAUGUAAGAGUAGGUGGAUUGCUAAUCAAGUGCAAAGGGAACUGCAUGCUUCCACUUUCUCACGGUACCUUUUCUCAAAAUAGUAGACGGCUGAAAAUUUAUCGGAAGCAGCCGCUUUUUAGUGAAUGAAAACCUUGUGUAGAAGGCUAGUCCCCUAGAUGCAGAAUGCAAAAGAAGACCUGCCCAGUUUUGUAUUUGACUAUUUUAUUUUCUUGAGUAAUAACAACCCCUUAUAGAUGUUCUCCUUAUUUGUCAUAUACAUAUAGCUUUCAUAGUAAAUGUAGUUGGGAGAAGUGUUUGAAAAAGGAUGAGAGUUUGUUUGUGAUCCUGUACGACAUCUCCUGGUCACUGCUAAGGCAAAGAUAGCAUGCUCUUUACCCAGCUAAUAUUAAGAUUCUCUUUUCCUCUUUCUUAUGUUGAUCUGUCUUUUUACUCAGACAUCCCGUCUCCAACAAGAAAGAAAGGUAGCACUUCAACUUCAGAAGACUGCGUUGUGCCAGAUAUUGAUGAUGAGGAUAAUGUAUUCAAUUUUGAGCAACCUAGAGUGCCAGCUGGUAUGUAUUUCAUCUGAAAUCUGGUUGUGUAAUGGGUGAAAUAAUAUAAAUGGCACAAAAUUUGUGCUGACAUAUUCUUUUUGGCAUAUAAAUGCACAAUUAUAUCACUAGAUAAUAACUUGCAGCAGCAUUUUUUUAGUUCUUUGUAUGUACUGUUUUAUAGAGGAUGCAUAUAUAUUUUUAAAUAUACAUUCAAUACUAUAGAGGCUGUACAUUGUGUUAGUUAGUUAGCCUUUCUUUCUUAUAUUAGUACAACAAAAUUUUAUGUUUGGUUCACAUACAGUAGAAGCCCUAUUAAGGUCUCGGUGAAGGAAAACCUUUCUUUCUUAUAUUAGUACAAAUUAAAGCAAAGUUUUAUGUUUAUUUCAUCAUUUCAAAAGAAGUUUUUUGCCUCGAACUCAGAGGUAUUGAGUUUACUGCUGAAGCCCACCCUUCGCGUUGUUAAAAUAUUCACUUUCUUUUUAUUGCAUCUGAUUGAAUCAAAGUCCCAAAAUAAUUGUAGAAAAGAAUGGGAAAUUAAACCUCUAACACUGCAACCUCAAUUUUGAUAACAAUCAUAUCUGAAAGUUUCAAGGGAAAACCUGUCCCGACAAAAUUUUGUUUUUCAUAAGGACCCACUCAUGCCAAAAAUCCAAAAAAAACAAAAUCGAGCAAUGUACUAAAAUUUUCAUUUACCGAGACCUUAAGUGGCCACCCUCUAUUAAGUAGCCAGUACAGCUGUAAUCAAAGUCCCAAAAUAAUUGUAGAAAAGAAUGGGAAAUUAAACCUCUAACACUGCAACCUCAAUAUAACAAAGGGCCAAGGGACUGACAAAAUUUGUUCAUCAUAUCGAGGUUCUUUUCCGUACUUUUUACUAUUACUGGGGUAAAGAAUAUUGUACGUACACGCUAUACCAAGGAUUUCGUUAUACAGAGGUUCAUUAUAUCGAGGUUCCAUUGUAUUAAGCGACCACUUCUAUUGAGCGGUUACUGACACAUUUUAGCCAUUGCAACCGAUAGUUCUCUCAAUGUUAUCACCUUCAUCUAUUAAUGAAUAUGAUGAAGGAAUAUACAGUCAGAGAUUAGACGGGGAUGAUCAAUUGCCGAUGUGGACCAGUAACACUUCUCCUUUUGCAUGUUUGUAUUAAAAUAAACUGAUGUUUGUGUUUGUGCAAAACUCUAUAUUUGCGCAGCCAACCUCCAUUUAGCGGCCACUGCUGGUACCCCUAGGAGGUUCAAUUGUACAUACACUGUAUGAACUAAAAGCUAAUCACCACUAUUUUUUCAACUGUCAGAUCCUAGAGUGUGGAACAAAUGGGAAGUAAUGGAGUGGCUCAAAUGGGCAACAGAGAGGUACAGCAUAAGAGAGGUCACUGCUGACAAGUUCCUAAUGAAUGGAAAGGGCCUGUGUAUGCUGAAUGUGGAUGGUUUUCUCUACCGAGUUCCAAGAGGUGGAGACAUACUUUACAGCGAUUUCAAUAAACGUGUGACAGCUGCUGUGGAACAGUCGCGGCAUCUGGAAAGCUAUUUGAACCCUGGAGCAGCUUCAAAUUUCUACUAUGUCUACUGAGAAAACAGAUAAUUUAUUUGAAGAAAAUACAGACUAUUGAAUAGAGAGUAUGAUAUUAAGCCUGAGAUAAGGCUGCAAGCAUAAAGUACUGUAUAAUAUUUAAACCAAAAUGCUAUCUUGUGUAUAUAUUGGAAUUUGCACAUGGGAUGUGGGUUGCUGUUUUUGUCCCUUGUCAUUUAGGCCUUGUAGUUGAGAGAAUGCCUGUCUGAGAAGUUUUCCUUCAAAGCUUUGAAGAAGUCAUUUCAAAUGUUAGUCCAGAUUCAAAAUGGGGUGGGGUUAAUUUAUUUAAUGCAAGAGAAAACAAACACUGUCAUUUUCGUAAAAAGUAGAUAACCAGUUGUAAGUCUUUGCUCAUGGGCCCAGUUGUUCGAACGCCGGUUAGCACUAACCCAGGGCUAAAUUUUAUCUCGGGUUUCUUUUUCUUUUGUCAAAAGUACUCUCUUGGAUUAUGUUCUUGAUUCUUUUUCGAGUAUCCAAUCAUCAAAUUGUAGGCAAAGAGAAUUGAACGGAAUUUGCUUUUUAAGCUCUCAUAUCUGAGUUCAAAUGUCGCACUAACCCUGGGUUAUCUUAACCCAGCUUCGAAAACCUGGCCAUGGUUGCAAAGCUCUUCCUGUCAGUCUCCCUCUCUUUGGGUUCUCAUACUUUUUCAAACGUUUCAAGUGUUGUCAACUUUUCAGGCCACAUUUUUUGUACUUGUACUUAUGUUUUGUUGAUUUCUGGUCAUGCAAAAUGCAACAAAAAUUGAAUCAUUGAAGGUCAAUGAAUUGCCGGUCUUAGAAAUUAGGAACUGACGUAGUUUACAUCCAACAGAACUUCAAACUGUCAUUCUGGUCUUCUGUCACUAUCACAUACAACGACUUGUGGCCUCAUUUCCUCUAUCUUUCACACACUCACUCAUGUUCUCUUUUUGUUUUGGGCAGUUGUGGAGCUAGUCUGCUACACAGCCGUUUUUAGCGUCGUCACACAACGUUCCUCCCCAUAAGGGGAGGAGCGUUGCGUGACGACACUAAAAACGGCUGUGUAGCAGACUUUUGUGGAGCUUACUAGGCAAUAAGUAUUAUUCUAUGUCGAAUUUUGUGUUGUUACAAAUUUAAAAGUACAUAUUUGAGCUUAGGGCUGGUUUUUGCAUGAAUUUAAUUUUAACAAGAUAUUUGCUGUAAGUAGAAGCUUAAAUGCUGUAAGUUAAAUUUAAUUAUUUUAAUGGAUUAACAACGAGAGAAAUUAUGAGCGGGAUUUGAAACGGAUAUUGAAUGGGGUUUAAAGAAUUUUAAAACAAGAAAAAUUGCACCUUUCAUUGCAAAGUUAGUUUCAUGUUUUAUUUCUCUUAUUGACGUUUUCUUUGAACGAAAAAUUACAAAGAAAUAUUUUAAGGUUGGGCGUGGUUGUUAAACAACAGUCGUCUCAUCUGGAAAACAUUGCAUGAAUUUUACUGGGCCAAGUUGUACUUAAAAAUUCCAUAAAAUAAUAAAGUGGCUUGGCAUGUCAUGAUGGAAGAGAUUUUUUAGUUGUGUUGGGGGGAAUGUUAGAGUGCAGGGGUCGAGAAGUUGUUUUUAAGGGGUAAAUACUUGGUCGCAUUUGUCACUGUUGAAACUGCAUUAAGGCAGUUUCACGAGACGACAAUUUUCCCAACAUUUCAUGCAAGCUACGCACAAAAUGGCUUUUGGAAAACAAAAACAAGGGAAGUAUUGUUUGAUUGUUUAGAAGUAUUUUAAAAGAUGUGAGCAAUGGUGACCAACGUUCAGUUUUCGGGCGUCCCAUUUAGUGAUGUACUGAGAUCCACUUUGGAGAAAAAUGUUCACUUCUCUGAAACUCUGUACCAUUACGCCAUUAGGCAUGUGCGUACCUGAAAAAAAAAUUACAACAAACGAAACAAAAUAGAGAAACAAUGCAAACAAUUGGGAAAACAACGAAAUAAAAAAACGGCUGCAAAUUGGGUAUGGAAAUCUUUCCGCUUCAACUUCAUUUACAUUAUCGUUUCAAACCAAAUGGGGUGUUUUUCCUACCCUGAGAAAACAGCCGACAUUCCACGACGCCAACACUGGUUUCCCCGCGAAAUAACGUCUGAGGAACGAGCGCAGAAAUUCCAUACCGAUGACGCGUCACUACCGAG